GACGGUUGUGGCAGCAAUAGUAGUGAAGGUGGUUGCGGUGGCGGCGGCGGAUGCGGCGACCUGCUGCUGGCGUGUCCAAAACAGGUUACUUGGCGCGAAGGUCACAGCAGCGUCACUCCCUUCAUCCUUGCGCCGUGCUCUUCCUCCUCUCCCUGCUUUGAUCUGUUUUAUUUAUAGUUCACUUGUCGCGUGUGUUUCUACAUACGUGUCUGUGUGAAAGUGGGCAAGGAUGUUUGCAUGUGCGUGCCUGGGUGUGUGUUUGCAUGAAUGUUAACGACGUGGCUGAGCGAGAGGCAGGCAAUGAUGAUUCGCCGUGCCAUGCAAACUGAGCCGCUAUGGAGUUAAAAAAUAGGUUGGCUCAGCAAGUGGGUGAGGCGGGACGAGUCUCAUGCCCCGCCCCCACCCUUCCAUUCCCCUCCCAUGCCACGUCUCGCAUGCGGCAGGUUUGGUGAGGCAAUGUAUACCUGACGAGGCAGACUGACUAGCAGGUGCCGAGCGAGAAGUGGGUAGGGGAAAGGGGAAAGGAAUUAUGCUGUCCUUGGCGAAAUACACGCCGGGUGACUUGAUUAUUGUUGUGUUGGUGGAAGGGUGGUUGGCAGCAUGGACUAGGCAGAGUGGAUGUGUGUGGAGGGCGGCCCGUUAUGGUGGCCACAUGUGUUGUUACAUAAACAUUCCGAGAGCCGCGCCACUUCACUUCCACGUGCGCGCGCAGAACUCCGCCUCUCCACACACCAUCCCCCCUGCCUCCCCGCCCACGUCUGCACUCGAUGUCUGCAUGAUGAGGGAGGAGAGGAAGGGGGAGAGGACGAGGGGGUGAAGCGAGAGGUUGUGGUGCAACGGACGGCUGACAACCUUACCAGGGCCGCGCCGCCCCCCGCCCCCCACCAUCACCCACACAACAACCACCACAACAACCACCACCACCAUCACCACCACCAUCACCACCAUAGCAGUAACCAUAGGGGCGUGGGACCCAACUCCCCGCCACCCGCACCCCGCACCGCCCCCACCAGUCCCGCCCAUGCCCGCGACGAGCCACUUCAACCACAACGACGGGUACCCUCGCUCUCCACGCCCACGCUUGGGGUGAGGGGCAGCGUCAGCGGGCAGCAGCAGGGCGGGGGCCAGCACCACACUUCCCCACGGACCUCGUUGUCAUACCCCGGAUCGCCGGCGGCCUCCCCGUCCCCGCUGGGGCUGCUCAGCGUCUUCCGGCAGGAGUCCUCGUCGCCGCCCUCCAGCUCCAGCAGCACAGGCGACACCUCCAGCCUGCCCUCCCGUCUAGGGCCUGACACGCCACACCAGCAGCAGCAGCACCACCACCAAUCCGGGCCACAUCUCCACAAUGGCCUGGCCAAGUCGCUGGCUCUCUCCCCCGCCCACAGCUCCUUCUCUCACCAUGGACUCUACUCCCCCGAUGAUCCCGCCUUUAAGGACGACAAAAAGCGAUCAGGGAGUACUCCGUCGAGGGAGGUGCACAAUAAGCUGGAGAAGAACCGCCGUGCUCACCUGAAAGAGUGCUUCGAGACCCUGAGGCGGCAACUGCCCUCCAUGGAUGACAAGAAGAUCUCCAACCAGACCAUCCUCAAGGCCGCCCACAAACACAUCCAGAGCUUGAAGAGGAAGGAACGGGAGUAUGAACAUGAAAUGGAGCGUUUGGCCCGGGAGAAGAUUGCCCACCAGCAGAAACUCUCGGCACUAAAGAAGGAACUGUCUGCCCGUUGGGACCACAUUGACUUCAAUGCUCUGCUGCCAGACAUGGCCUCUCUUGAUCAGCACCGUGACAAAGAGACCAAGUCCACCACCACUGCCUCAGAGCAGCCUGACCUGGAAGAUGAUGCCAGGGACGCUGGCACUCAGGUUUCUCCUGCUUCGCCCCGCUUGCACCCAGACCCUCCAACCCGGCCAGCACCUCCUGUGCCCAACAACCCCAUGGCUGACAAUGGCCCUGGGAUGGCACCACCCAGGGACCAACACUUUACAGACCCAAACCAGCCACUCAAUCUGUCCACCAGCAUGGUGGAGCCCUCCAGAGCGCCUCAGUUGGUUUCUCAGCCUGGUCGCUCCCCCCACCACACCUCAGACUGGGGCACCCAACAACCAUACCAACAGCCCAUCUUCACCACCGCUACGGGUACGGUUGGGGAGGAGGCGUGGCAAGCAGUUGAGGUGAGCUCUGCACCAACCAGUGUAACCAGGGACACCAUCACUACCGUGGCAGGCGAUCACUUGUCAAUUAUGAGUGGCACUGCUGGUAUUCACCUGCCGGCACACCUGGUAGCUGGUGGUGUACAACUCAAUGGUGCCCCUGGUGGCCUUCUAGGCCAGCCAGCCAUACAGGUGAUCACCCCCGAAGGGUACAAGUUGCUGCCUGCUGAUCAUGCCCCCAACGGUGCCAAGCCCCUCACCAUCACUCUUGCCCACCCAGCCACCACUGAAGGGCUUGACCGUGGAGACAACUCAGAGGACACCAAGACUGGGCCUGCUACUGCUGCACCCAUGAUGGUCGCCUUCAAGAACGGUAUGCAGGCCCUCCACCUGACAGUGCCCACCACACCACGCACCCUCUCUCACUCACAAGGUACCAACGGCACCAUAACUACCGUGCCGCUCAACCUGAGUGUGGGGGGGACGGCGGCAGCCGUCAAGGUGACACAAGCUGCUACGUCCUCCCUCCUGCCAUCCUACCUCCCAAUAACUCACGCCAACGGCAUCACCCAACUGGUGUCAGGUCUAGGCAACAGCAUGGGAACCCUGGUGUCUGGCAUUGGGCCUCCCAUUGUAACCCCCCUGGUGGUGUCUCAGCCCCAACGGGUGGGAGUGCCUGGCACCGUCACCACAGUUGGCAGCAAGGGCCUGAAGGCAGCAACCGUCGGUGGGAAUGCCACCAGUGUCCCUCUGGUCUCCACUCAGUACACCACUUCGCUGGGGAGUGGGCUUGGGGGCCUGGUGAAGCCUGUUGUGGUGGUUUCCGCCCCGACAGGCAUCGUGACAGGGGCCCAUGCGGUGGCCUCAGGCAAGCCGUGAUUGGCAUUGCCUGCAGACAAUCCCAGGAGAGUACAAGCCAUACCUCAGCUGUGGGCUGCACCCGAGCCUCUCGUGGCUCCUCGUUAUCGCCCACUCUCACCACCACUCAUAUUCUUCAUCAUCAUACUUGUUAUCAUGAGAAAGCUAGUACAUAUUUUCAUGUUUAUUUUUAUGUGAGAUCAACCUUUGCCUUCGUGGCAAGUGUCUCUUAUGUACAUUUCAUUGCCGGUGACGUGGGAGAAGAAAGGAUACGUAGUUAUUCUUAAUUUUUAAAAGAAUUUUAUUAGGUAAAUUAUUUUAUAAGGUGGCCAGCAAGGACUCUCGGCUGCUUCAGGAAGUGUGUUGUAGUGAAGGUGGCGGCAGCUGGCACACGGCUGCUGCCACCAGACUGUGAUAGUGGUUCACCGGCGUCCUCGUUGUGGCAGGGCCGCCCGGGGGACUCUAUGAUGCUGGUGGAUGCACACUGCUCAACAUGGUGCCGGCCGCUGUGCUCACCUGUGUACAUAGCAUCAUCCACCUGAUUGUUGGUGUUAUUGUUAUCUGAACUUGUUGUAAAUGUAUUAUCUGGAUUAUGUAUUUGUGAACGUAUGCAUUUUUCUUUGAUCAAAUGAUCCUUUUAAAGGUGACUAAGUGUUAUACUGUGGCUCCCAUUGAAACUCUUCAUACCAAGUAUGCAAGACUCAACUAUCGCUGACAGUGAUAAGUCUCCGCUCAGGGUGACGCAGCCCCAAGCUGCCUGCCCCACCAAAUAACCCAAGUGUACAAAUUUCACUGAUAGUUGCUUAUUGGCCUGCAGUAUAUUAUACAGUAAUGGCAGAAGGCUUGAGUCAUUGCCAAUUAUUUUCAGACUUUAACUGAGUUCAUUAUCUAAUGGCAAAGACAAGAAGUGCAAGUAAAAGCACUUAUGAGAGAUAAGAUGAAUGGCACUGAAAAUACUAACUUGCAGCUGAUAAUCUUUGUGCACUCCCCUUUCUUUUCAGGACUUUGACCAAGUUCUUGUGCAGUCUUUCCAACUCCUCUAAAUAACAAAGGUUUUGUUUGACUAUAAUGUGGAAUAUAUUUCUUUUUUUCAAGUGAUUAAAGAUAAUGCAAAAAUGUAAUUGGUUUGGGAAGAAUACUUGAAAUGUGUAAUGUGAUGAGCAUGGCUACAUGAAAAUGUAGCUUCCCUCAAGAGCCAUAGUUCCAGAACCAUAACCAAAGCACUUCACAAGAUAUCCAAAGCUUCUGAUAAAAUUUAAAUGAGUUAUGCUUUGUUAUCAAUGGCCUCAGAUGCAGUAAUCCUGAUAAUCACUUAUCUAAAUUCCUCUGAAGCCAAUGCAUGAAUAAUUUCUAGAAGUUAUGACAUUGCAUUCUUACAAUAAACUAAAGAAUGUCUAGAAAAGUAACCACAAGGGACGGGGGAACACACGAGAGCUGCAUUGCAUUGACUGCAUUCUUCUUACAGUGGUCUGGUUACCCUAGAAGUUUGGUGAUGCCAUUCACUUAUUUGAUACAGAACAUUUUACCUAAAAUCUAUAUCAAUAAUAUUGCUUUGCCAGAAAAUGUUGAGCUGAGAUUAGAGUAAUGAAUAGGGUAGACUCAAGCUUUCCAGUCAAUACUGUGAUAGAGUUUAAAUAUGUCACUCUGGGCGGCAGUUCUAUGCCAGAUCUCAGGGUUGACAGGAGUCCAUGGGGACCCUGAUCACCUCAGUGCAAACAAGCCAUACCCAAACCCCCUUUAAUUGAUAGUAAAAUGUUUCAAAUGUC